AUGGUCCUUGAUCAUCUCGGACCAGGCCUCCCACCCCACGCACGCCUAGCAACAUUAUCUACCGCUGGAUCUUCAUUCAACUUCGACCAACCUUCCGUGGGGUCUCUCCCACAAUACUCCCUUAUGUAUAGUGAAAGCUAUAGUCUAACUCCAAGUACUCAGCCAAGAUCUCAACAACAGAAGUCUCGACAAGAACCCGACUCGCAGGUCUUUUGGGCUCCGGCACCUCUCACAGUCAAGUCUUGGGCCGAUGUCGAUGAUGAAGACCACGAUGAUUAUUAUGCUACGACCGCUCCGACUCAGUCCGUCUGGGGGUCCUCUGAACCUUCUCAAAGUAAUGAAGGAAAGACAGCUAAUGUAGAGUGGAAAAAGUUUCUUCUAAUCUGGGUCUUCAUCUCUUAUACCUACAGAUGUACCACAAGAAAAGAAAGGAGAGGGAGAAAAGACAAAAAUCCUCCCGGAGAGUCUAAAACUGCCAAGAAGAAGAAAAAGAAAGAUAAAUCAAAGGAGGGAAAAGAGAUUCAGGAUCAGCCUAGUAGUGCAGAUGCCACCAAUGGGCCUGAUGUUGCUGCUGGGAAUGAGCAGACUGAGGAGGAUGCAGCUGCUGUUGAUGUGAAUGAGCGGCUAAAGAAGGUGACAUCUAUGAAGAAGAAAAAAUCUAGUAAAGAGAUAGAUGCUGCUGCAAAAGCUGCAGCAGAAGAGGCUGCUGCAAGGAGUGCGAAGCUUGCUGCUGCAAAGAAGAAAGAUAAGAGCCGGUACAACCAACAGCCAGUACGGUAAAAGCCCCAUUUUUGUUUGACGGAGAUAUAUAUAUGAACAUGUAUUUCUCGUUGUUCAUAUAAAAAUUCGAAAUAAACAGUU